AUGAGUUCUGGUGGGUACACUGUAGAGGUUACGGGUCUCUCGUCAAAUGUCACCGACAAGGAUAUCCGUGACUUCUUUGCUUUCUCUGGUGUCAUCGAUACUGUUGAAAUUAUCAGGUCUGGUGAUUAUGCUUGUACUGCUUAUGUGACUUUCAAAGAUGCAUAUUCUCAAGAAACCGCAUGCUUGCUUAGUGGAGCCACUAUUUUAGAUCAACGCGUAUGCAUUACACGCUGGGGGAAAUAUGAAAAUGAGUUUGAGUUUUGGAACCAGCCCUCUUACAGUCACGGGGACGAGGCUUCUUCAACUACACCACAGAGCAGUCAAUUUGUUUCCUCUGCUGGAGAAGCAGUCACCAUGGCUCAAGAAGUCGUGAAGACCAUGCUAGCAAAGGGAUAUGUUCUCAGCAAGGAUGCGCUAGCUAAGGCUAAAGACUUUGACGAGUCUCAUCAGGUUUCCGCCACUGCAACAGCGAAGGUUUCUGAACUGAGCCAGAGAAUUGGCCUCAAAGAUAAGAUAUCUGCUGGUAUUGGAGCUGUUAAAUCUGUGGAUCAGAGAUAUAAUGUCUCUGAAACAACCAUUGCGGCCGCAUCCACAGCAGGAAGAUCGGUAGCAGCGGCUGCAAACUCUUUGGUAAACAGCAGCUAUUUUUCAAAAGGAGCCUUGUGGGUGUCAGGUGCUCUAACCCGAGCAGCUGAAGUUGCUUCCGAUUUGGGUACUCGCAGGCAUACACAGUAA